AUGGUGGGCGCCACCACGUUCCCGUUCUUCUGCGUGCUGACCAACGUCGACGGAAACGUCGAACUGCUGGAGCGCAUCGAGGGCCCGAUUGGUCCGGAGGAGCUGAUGGGGCGUCUCACCAACGUGUUGGAGAACCGAGGACCCGAACUCGUCGUCGCACGCACUGCUCACGAGGAGAGGGAAAUGGAUCGCCUGAUCAGACAGGAGCAGGACAUGGCCUACGAGGAAUCCCUCCGCGCCGACCAAGAAAAGGAGGAGAGGGCGCGCGAGGAGGAACGGCAGAGGCUCGAGGAGGAGCGACAAGUCCUGGAGGAAGAGAGGCGCGUUCGCGAGGAGGCCGAGCGGAAGGCCAUCCACCGCCAGAACGAGCUCGACCGGAAGCGCAGCCGCCUGCCCUCCGAGCCCCGCGAAGGUAGCGAGCGCGCAUACACUAUCGCGAUCCGCCUGCCCGACGGCUCGCGUCUCACCCGCAGGUUCCGCGUGUCCGACACGAUCAGAAGCAUUUACGACUUUGUGGACGUCAACGAACCUGCUGGCCUUGAGCUGGGCUCGUACCACCUCGUGACGAACUAUCCGCGUCAGGCCCACCCCGAGAACGACGUCACGAUCGAAGAAGCCGGGCUGGAGGCGCAAGCUCUUCUCUUCGUCCAGACCAACUGA